CGUGAUAGAUCCCCUGUUGUCUUCUAGCUGCCACCGUCAUCCACAUGCUUUUCAUUGCCGACGUCUUUCGGAGGUUGCCGCUGCUGCUGCUGGUCGUCCUAUUGCUCCUCCUGGUUGUCUUCCACGUGUGCAUCAUCGGCAGCCUUCCGCGACGUGGUCGCAAAAGGAGGUCUUUGAAGAACAACGACAGGAUGGAGGGCCGGCAGGCGAUCAGUGGGUCCGCAGGGGAGCACGGUGGGCGGUGGUCCAGGCACAGCCCGUCGAAUAGUCCAAGGCCGUCGGAGCGGUCCGGGUACGCGCACCUGCCACCGCACUUGCAACCUCUACCUGACAUGGACGACGAGGAAGGGGAUGAUAGACGGUCACGGCCCGUGCCGCUGGGAAGCGGAUCCACCCAGGAGUGGGCGGGUACAGAGCUGUUUGGAGGCCGCGAGGGCUGUAAAGGGCAGUCGUACACCGAACUCCUCCAACAGGGGCUCAUCGACACCGAUGGCGAUGGCGGCGUGAAUUUGUCGUUUGGACUCGGCAGCGGGAGGUCGGCAGCCGUCUCUCGAACGGUCAUCGUAACCCCCCAUCCCGACGACGAUGGCGGCGACGUGACGGUCGUCGUAAACCCCCAUCCUGACGACGAUGGCGGCGACGUGACGAUCAGCGAUCACCCAGGUCUCCAGCGCCGCUGCGGGAGGCUUCGGGGAACAACAAGGAUCCUCCGAGGGAGCAAUUUCGGUCGCCGUCUGUGUGUAGGGGUGCCUCCGCUCGCCCCCAGUGGAUGCAGUCUUCGUCUUCCCUGUCCGCCGGUUCGAGUGCAGGCCGCCGUGUUGGCGAGUGUAGGGAGACGGCGCGUGGCAUUGGUGAUGUUGGUGACGCACGUGACGGAAGGGAGGUGUGGGCAGAACAGCGACGGGAAGACGGGCACGACGGCGAGGACGCAGUGGGGGACGCGCACGACCCCGAAUGGAACGACAACAGCGCUGAAGGUGGGGAGGACGACACAGGCUACAUUUCGCCGUCGAAGCAGUCAGCCGCUAUGGGAGGUAGGGACGGGAAGACGAAGUCGUGUGGCGGCAAUGGUCGUCGGGACAAAAGGACGGCAGGCAAGGGCAGCGAUGUCGAAGGUGACGUUGAUGGUGAAGGAGGUCGUCACUUCUGGGUCCGUCGACGACAUUAUAGCCCUCAUCCGGGCUAAAAGUGAUCAGAAAGCGCAUUUGCAGGGGAUGGGCGACGCGUACGCUCGGAUGAAGCCACGAGAAUGGAAGUGGCUCGAUGUGGCGACGAGGUUGAAGAAGGUGGGCGUCGAAAGAGAGGCCGAUCGGUGCGGGAAGAAGUGGGACAAUCUAAUGCAGCAGUUCAAGAAGGUUCAUCAUUUCCAAGGACUGUCCGGGAAACAGGACGUCUUCCAAUUGUCUGGGAAGGACAGGAUGUCGAAGGGCUUCAGUUUCAAUGUGGAUCGUGCGGUUUACGACGAGAUACUGGGGUCGACCGCCAAGAACCACACCAUAAACCCGAAGAACAUCACUGACACUGGCGCUCAGGGUGGUGUGCGUCUGCCAUCCGCCUCCUCUGUGGAUCCUGAAUGUGUGGGCGAUGAGCACAACGACGACGACGACGGGUCCACGAAAGGUUCUUCGCAGACGACGAGUGGCGCAGGCGGUUUCGACAAGAGGAAGAGCACGAGGCAGCAAACUUUUGAGGCAAUGAUAGACUGCAUGGAGAAGCACGGGGCGUUAAUGGUGUCAACGAUAGAGAGCAACAACAAACGUCAUUGUUCCAUCGCCAUACGGCAGUGCGAGGUGCUGGAAGUGGAGAUCGAAGUGCAGAAAAAACACUACGCAGCGUCAGACGAAGUCAACAAGCUUAUGUGUCACGCCUUGCUCGAGAUAGCGAAGGCGAUCGGCAAACUCGUCUUCGGCGACAUCCUCAUCGACGAGCACAUCUUUUCGCCCGUUGUCUUCACCGCCAUCGUCGCGUUUCCGAAUAUCGUAUCGUCGCCUUCGUCGUCCAGAUUGUCAUCGUUACCGCGGCCGUCGUCGAAUACGACGCCAACACCGCCAUCGCUAUUGACAGUUGGCUUGGAUAACGCAGUGCACGUCAUCGAAGCGAAGCGGGUGAACAAGCUCGUCGUGGGUGUGUUUUGCGCCAUGUCCUCACGCGGUUCCGCAUGCGGCAAGGCCGCCGCCAACCUGGCACAACAACCGCCGACCCGGGAGAAGAAGGGCCGCCGCAUGGCCAACGAGAAGAGGAAGAUCCUCCAAGGCGCCUCGGCACAUGGAGGUUACGUGGUGGAUGAAGACUUGGUGCCGGAGGACGUGGCGACGCAGAAGGGGACGGAUUUCGAAGACUCUGACGACAUGCCGUUGCAGCGGAAGUCGUCCAGGCGGGGGAGUGGCGGCCUCCGCAUAGACGACGCUGGUGACAGACGAUGCGCAGGAGGGCGGGCAGCACCGGAAGACGUCCUCGACGUUGACGCCGCGACGGCAGCCAGAGAGGGCGGGGGAAAUCGCGCGCCACUGCCACGUAUGACUCCACCCACCGACACGCAAGAGCGCGUCGUUCGCUUACGGACACCACUCACGCCACGCUCGAGGACGGCUGCAGACGUGGUCGUCUCGGGGGGGGCAUCACAGGCGGCGAAAGGGGUGAGGGCAGGCGGGGCAGCGGUGGGGGUGGCGAGGGCAGGCUACGCAGCAGGGGGGGGGGGAUCAAACGCGGGGAAAGGGGCGACGACAGGGGUGAAGGCAGGCGAUGUCGCGGGGGAGGGGGACGACGACGAGGCAUUGGUGAAUAGGCUGCGCCAGCGGAAUACGCGGGAGGGAAUGGAGGCGGCGGCAAAGCUGUGGGUGGAUGACCUCCGUUUCUGGAACGAAAGGGAGGGAUUUGUCAUCGUCAAGUUGAUCGUGGAGGUGCACGGUUAUCUUGUGGCUGUGGCGCGGGAAGAGCAGCCUCCGCCCAUUCGUCGCAGCAUCAUCUUGCCUCACAACAACAUCCCGCAGCACAAGAUCGCGGACGAGUCGGAGUUAAACGCUGCGAAGGAGAGGGCGUUGAAGAACAGGCAACGGGGGUACCACGCGGCGUACCAGUAUGCACUCAACCGCGCGGCCACCGACAUCGCUCGCGCGAUGUGGAUGGGGGAGGACUGGCGUUAUUGUGUGAGCCUGAUGGUCGUCCACCACACGCUCGAUAUGGAUAUGAAGCUGCCAUUGUGGUUCAUGGGCACCGACGUCGAAGACAGGCAGGAGGACGACGGCUUGGCGGCUUAUCAGGAGGCGAGCAUCCAGCGACUGCUGGGGGCUUUCACGAGCGCCGUGAUCAUCGCGGAGGCGACGGACGGCGGCCGUGUAUCGCAUGAAAGGUUGAAGACCAUGGCCGACGCGAUGCGGAUGAUGCUUGCGGCGACCAUGUGGCUCAUGCGGAUGGCGGGUGACGAUCAUCGCGCGCAUUACGACGCCUGGGUCUUCGUCCAACUGACGGCGAAGCCGACGCUCGUCCCAUCCAUGCAUCGCUGCUUCGACGUGCAUCGGCACAUCGUGCAAGCUGCGAUCGUCAUCACCGACAAGUUGGCGAGUCCCCCCAUCACUUUGAUCGACUCUCCAAUGUAUGUUCCCGACAAGGCAUCCAUUGGUGUCAAGUUCUCACACGACGCCACGCUGUCUUCCCCGAUGGAGGCGAAGAAGAUGGAUGGGCUGGGCACAGGCCCCCCGGAAGACGAAGACGACAGGGAAAGGCGACAAACAGGGAAGCGGGGGGGUCGAUGACGCCUGUUAGUCGUUUAUGUAGUUUUUCCUCGCGUGAUGAUGCUCUGCCGU